UUUUGGGUGAGGACUGUGAGGCAUAUGUUGAUCAUCAUGGCAAGGCACAACCUCCAAAAUCCUGUCCCAACUUCUGCUGUGGAAACUGCAUGCAUCAAUACUGUUGCUCUAAUGUGCUAUUGAAAUUUGAUGAAGAACAACAAUUUAAGUGUAAUCUCCUUGAUGGAAGGACCUCAGGUUCAAGCAAUGUAAAUUACCUGCAGUUCCGUGCAGACUUUGAUGACAUAGACUCUGGCCCUAGUUUUGGAACCCUUGUUGCAAUUGGGGUUAUCCUCUUUGCGGUGGUUGUAGUCACAAUUAUCCUGUGCCUCACCUGUUCGUGUUGCUGUUUGUAUAAAGCAUGUCGAAGACCACGGCCUGUUGUGACUACCACUACUGCCACCACGGUGGUUCAUGCUCCCUAUCCCCAACAACCAGCAGUGCCGCCAGGCUACCCAGCAGCGCCAUAUCAAGGCUAUCAGCCUGUGGCUCUGCAGCCGCAGCCAGGCAUGCCGGUAGCACCGUACCCUACGCAGUAUCCUCCCCCUUACCCCACGCAGCCAUCGGGGCCCCCAGCUUAUCAUGAAACGGUGGCAGUUGGUGCUGGAGCACCUUACCCAAUCAGCCAGCCCCCUUACAACCCUGCUUAUAUGGAUCCUCAGAAGCCCGUCUAUUGAACAGAUCUGCUACUAUGCUUCUGUAUACAAAACUUUUUAAAAAUAUAAUUUGUGCUGUUUACACCACAUAGUAUAUUUUCCUGGAAGACAACAAUCUUUUGUCCAAGUAAAGCGAAAGCUAAUUCAGUAUCUUUUUCUUUUUUUAAAUGUUUUGAGUAUAAGGAAGGAGUAUUUUCUUGCAGAAAUUAUUCAUUUAUA